AUGGCAACCGAAGUCGCGCUCGACACUACUGUCGGCCUCAUCACGGUCGAGCUUUACAAUGACCACGCGCCCAAGACAUGCAAGAACUUCUCCGGCCUUGCGCAGCGCAACUACUUCAAUGGCCUUAUCUUUCACCGCAUAAUACCGAAUUUCAUGAUUCAGGGCGGUGAUCCAACUGGUACUGGGCGGGGCGGCGAGUCGAUCUACGGCGAGAAGUUUGAGGACGAAAUCUCUCCGGCUCUGAAGCACACCGGUGCAGGCAUCCUCAGCAUGGCCAACUCCGGGCCCAACACGAAUGGCUCUCAAUUCUUUAUCACGCUGGCACCGACACCAUGGCUGGACGGCAAGCACACAAUCUUCGGCCGGGUCAAGAGCGGCAUGCAGGCGGUCAAGAAGCUUGGCCUGGUCAAGACAGACCGAGAAGACAGACCUGUAGAGGAUGUCAAGAUUCUGAAGGCAUACAUCAUCAAGGAGUAG